AUGGAAAAGACCAAGCCUUGUAAAGAGGCCGAGAAGGCCUGCCCGGCCUCGCUGUCGACCAGCAGCACUAGCAGGAACGAGAUCGUGUUACCCCUGACAGAUAUUGACCAACAUCAGCCGUCCACCGCCGCACCGGAUGAAGCUCUAACCAUAGUCUCCUUUGAACCCAACGACCCAGCCAACCCUCACAACUGUACGACCUUCUUCUCGACUCUCCCCUCCAACUUCUCCCCGCCACUUCCGGUUUCCUUCCACGUCCCGGACCCAACAGGCCCGCAGCGCGUCCUGCCCGCUUCCUUGUUCCUCGCCGGUUUUGUAUUUGGACCGCUGCUAUGGGCACCUCUAAGCGAAUCCCCCCUCGUAGGACGUUGGCGCGUCCUGGCCACGGGUGCUGCGCUGUUUGUGCUGUUCUCGGUGGGCCAGGCGGUCGUGCAGGACUGGGCCGCGUUUCUGGCGCUGCGGUUCCUGGCCGGAAUGGCUGGGAGCCCGCCCAUCAGUGUGUUUGGCGGGGUCAUCGCGGACUUGUAUGAUGGAGAGGUGGGGAGGGGGCGGGUUAUUAUGAUCUGGUCGGCCAUGUGCUUCAUUGGCCCCUUGGGCGCCCCUAUCAUGUCAGGUUUUCUCAGCCCCAAGCUGGGCUGGCGGGCUGUUUUCUGGCGACUGUUGCUGACCUUUCCUCCCUCAAGGAUUGCGCUAUCUCUACCCGUGACCUCGCUUCUUGGUGUGUUGUUAAUGCCCGAGACGCUGGCCUCGGCGAUUCUGAGGAGAAAAGCAGUCAAGUUGAAUAAGGGGAACCUGGACAUUGGCAAGCGGUUCGUGGCUGAGACCGAGCUGAAGCAGGAGAGCGCUUGGGACGCCUACAAAACCACCCUGUCGAGGCCGUGGCGCCUGCUUCUUGGGGAGAUGGUCGUGUCUCUGUCCUGCGCAUAUAUGGGCUUUGUCUACGCCGUAUUUUACAUGCUAAUCCAGAUCUUCCCACGUGUCUUUCAAGGUGUGUACGGGUUUAGCCCAGGAAUGUCCGGUAUACUUUUCACCAUCACGGGACUUGGCACCCUCAUCGGUUGUUUCAUUUUCUUCUGGUACGAUGGCUUCGCCCCGCGCCUCAGCGUAAAACAUCCCACGAAACGCGAAGAAUACCUCCGCCUUCCCCUGGUCUGCACAGGCGGACCACUCUUCGUCGUCUCCAUGCUGUGGCUGGGUUGGUCGGCGCGGCCGGACAUACACUGGCUCGUGCCCCUGUCAUCAACCAUUUCCUACGGACUGGCAUCCCACCUGAUCUACGUGGGCAUCAUCAACUACGUCACAGACGCAUACGGCGUCUACUCAGCCUCGGCGCUCGCCGCCAUGAGCAUGACUCGGAGCGCGGCGGGCGCCGUGCUGCCGCUGGCCAUCGAGGACAUGGUGGACGCGUUGGGCAUCGCAUGGUCCUGCACCGUGCUGGCAGGCGUCAGUGCCGGCUUGGCGCUGGUCCCGUUUGGGUUCAUUGCCUACGGCGAGCGGAUCCGUGCCGCGAGCCGGUUCAGCGCGGCACUGAAGCCUGGGACAAGAGUAGAGAACAUGAACCACAGAAAGUAA